CCGAGUAAGAACCGAAUUGGCAAAUACUUCCUAAACGUGACCCAUUUUAGCAAAAGAACUCUUUUCUUCUCCGCUAGGUUACCUUGUCUAAAGCCAAAAUAAACCUCCAAAUCGAUCCAUAAUUUUCAGUCGAGUGUGCUUUUUCUUGAUUCAAUUACAGUGGGUUCAGAAUCAGAUUUUCCAGUUUCUAAAGAAUGUCGAAAUCGGCGGUAGAUGUUCCUCCAAUGGGUGGAUUCAAUUUCGACCUCUGCAGAAGAAACGAUAUGCUGGCGAAGAAGGGAGUUAAUCCUCCAUCCUUUAGGAAAACAGGAACUACAAUUGUUGGCAUAGUUUUCCAGGAUGGCAUCAUUCUUGGGGCAGAUACUAGAGCAACAGAGGGACCCAUAGUUUGUGAUAAGAAUUGUGAGAAAAUUCAUUAUAUGGCACCGAACAUUUAUUGUUGUGGUGCAGGAACUGCUGCUGAUACUGAGGCUGUAACAGAUAUGGUCAGUUCACAGCUGCAGUUGCAUCGCUACCAUACCGGCCGAGAAUCAAGGGUUAUUACAGCAUUGACUCUUCUUAAGAAGCAUCUUUUCAACUACCAAGGUUAUGUCUCAGCUGCUUUGGUUCUUGGUGGGGUUGAUUGCACUGGGCCUCAUUUACAUACUAUAUAUCCCCAUGGAUCAACUGACACAUUGCCGUUUGCUACAAUGGGCUCUGGUUCUCUUGCUGCAAUGGCUAUUUUUGAAUCAAAGUACAGAGAAGGCUUGAAUAGGGAUGAAGGUAUAAAGCUUGUAUGUGAAGCAAUAUGCUCUGGUGUAUUCAAUGACUUAGGAAGUGGAAGCAAUGUUGAUGUUUGUGUUAUAACAAAGGGACAUAAGGAAUAUCUGAGGAACCACAUGUUACCAAAUCCACGUACCUAUAUCAGUUCAAGAGGGUACACUUUUCCAAAGAAAACUGAGGUCCUUAUAACAAAGAUUACGCCAUUGAAGGAUAAAGAGGUGGUUAUUGAAGGGGGUGAUGCAAUGGAAGAGUGAAAAUCAUCAGCCUCAUUGUUGAGAUUUUAACAACUUUAUUAUGUACUUUGUGGCCUCUGGGAUGACAGCCUCUUCUGUUCUUUCCUGUUUCUAAAAUCUCAGUGAAUCCAUAUUGAAACGUUUUUGCCCAACACUAGUGCUAUUCAUGGUUUGGUGGGGAGAUUUUCUAGGUGAAUCAUCAGUCUUUUAAGGAAUUUGUGUGUUCCAUUACUUUUUCUGUUUUUCAAUAUGGCACUAACUGUAAUAGUGAAGACGUUCUAGCAAUGAAUUCUGAACCUUCUUUUUCCUACAA